UUAGUACGUACCUACUUACCAUGACACUACUACCGAAUUAUGGGCCAUCAACGUCCACAAAGCUCAAUUGACUUUGUAUAACUUCACCAGAUAUCCUCAGAUUCAGGCUUGAAUCACUCCCAUGGACUGACCUUCCAUCCCUUUCACAACAACCAAACAACAUGCCAUCAACCACUAGCGUCCAGAACAUGUUCUCCCUCGAGGGCCACACUGCCCUCAUCACCGGAGCCACGCGAGGCAUUGGUCAAGCCGUGGCCAUUGCCCUUGCCGAGGCCGGCGCCGAUAUUCUUCUCGUCCAGCGCGACGAAACCUCCACCACCACCCUCCAAGCCAUCCAAUCCCUUGGCCGCCACGCGCAAAUCUACAAAGCCGACCUCUCCUCCCCCACCGACGUCUCUUCUUUAGUGCCACGCAUCCUCUCCGACGGACACACCAUCCGCAUCCUGAUCAACUGCGCCGGCAUUCAACGUCGACACCCUUCCCACCUGUUUCCCGACUCCGACUUUGCCGAAGUGAUGCAAGUCAACCUCAACGCCGUCUUCACACUAUGUCGGGACGUGGGCGCGCACAUGUUGGGUCUUGACCCCCACCCCGUCACCGGACGCAAGGGGUCCGUGAUCAACUUUGCCAGCUUGUUGACGUUCCAAGGGGGGUUAACGGUGCCGGCGUAUGCGGCGAGUAAGGGGGCCGUGGGGCAACUGACCAAGAGCUUUGCGAAUGAGUGGACGAGUAAAGGCGUGACGGUGAAUGCGAUUGCGCCGGGGUAUAUCGAGACGGAGAUGAAUGAGGCGUUGUUGAAAGAUGAGGAGAGGUUGAAGAGUAUUAGUGCGAGGAUUCCGGCUGGGAGGUGGGGAAGUCCGGAAGAUUUCAAGGGGACGGUUGUGUAUCUGGCCAGCAAGGCGAGUGGUUACGUGAGCGGACAUGUGCUGGUUGUUGAUGGUGGGUGGAUGGGACGGUAAUUGAGAAGAGACUGUAAACAAUAAUGAUGGGACGGACGGAUUGGAAAAUAGCAUGAUGAUAUUCGUUGCCUUCUUGAAAACGACUAAUUAAAGUGUUGCGUUGUUCGGUUUGCUUGCAAGAUCAAAACACUCGACCUCAUUGAUAUUCCUUUCUGACACAUUCCGAGGGGGUGUAUACCGUCACAGCUAAACUGUCGUUCUUGCAGCAGAGACUACUCUCUGAUGGAAGCCAUGACACUUUCCAUCCAAGGGUAGACAGCCGAGUUUGCCAGGGGAUAUCCCAUGUGCAAAGCACCAGUGAAAAAGCGAGCCUCCUUGGGCGAGCCGUAUUCAAGCAGCAUCAUCGAAUCUUCAAUGGGCAUCAAACCGUCUUGGGUACC